AUGGAAAUUUCCGACCCUCCCGGCCUGCCUCUGAAGCUUGUCUGGGUGCGGUGCUUGCUGCUAGGGUCUCCACUGAUAUGCAUGGUAGGAGCACGCGAUAUUCCGGAAGCCCGCAAUGGGCAAGUCGUCUCCGCCUUUCAUGGCCAGCAACAACAGCUAGGGAAAGAAGCCCAAGGCCAGCAAGCACAUUCUACAACCCUGGUGCACAGCCAGUCCGAGGUCUUGGUUGUUGAGCCGCGUGCCUAUCCUGCUGACUCGGCUCCGCCUCAGCCGUACGGAUAUGACUAUCUCGACCCUCUGUCCGCGAUUUCGACAACUGCAGAUGGCUCUCAGCCAAACGUUUGCCUCUACAGACACAACGUCCGAGAUCAAGUUCACUUCAGCUUUCUUGCCGGAGGUGGGCUCCAGGUUCUUGCCCCUGACGUCGACAGGACCAGCAGCGUCAAACUCCAUCUCAACCGGAUCCAAUACGCUAUCAGCUCUGCCAGUCGUGACACCACCUUCCCCCAUAGAGUCCGAGAUAUUCCCUUUAUCACGGAGAAGCUCCUCGAGGACCGUUAUUUUUGA